AUGGAUUUCAUCAAGACCAGUUCCCUGCGUGCUCUGAUUGAGUUAACUUUCCAACGCAACUGGAAUGGCCUCAUUUGGAUGAGUAGAAAAGGAGUUACAACCAAAAGAGAUCACUUCCGUCCGUCUGAAGUCUCGGCCAAAGUUCAAAACCGUUCGGCCGAUCACGCAUCACGACCCGGGAAACUAAGACCCGCGGUCGGCCACGCCACAACCGCUCACGCCACAACCGCGCACGACCAUGCCGCGCGUCCCGGGAAACAAAGCUUCGCGGCCGCGCAACCUGUCUCGAGUACCAUGGCCGAGAAAUCAUCGGCCAAUCUUCAUCCGUCCGACCACAGCGGCCGACCACGAAUCCGUCCGGCCACGACCGUUCUGAUCGUACUAGGAGCGGCCAUGACCCGAUCAUCUGGCCGAUCUCAAGACUCAACGCCGCCACCAAGAACGCCAUGUUCUCACUACUGGCAUGGCCGCGAACCAAGCUCUAGACCGUGUGAGCAAGCUGGAGAAGAUGUGGAGUGCCAAUCUCGCUUCAUCUCACGCCUAGUUCGUGUAGUUCGCCACAUUGCACCGGAGAGACUCUUUCGCCCUUCUUCCACCGCUAGAGAGCCAUAUGAGCCUGACCUUGGUGAGUUCUCACUAGACUCAGAGCUUGGUUCAGAAGGCGAUGACCCCAUAGAUGAGGAAGAGAGUUCUUCUCACUGCCACACAUAG